AUGGAGACCGACGCCAUACAUCGGUAUCGCUCACGCAUUCUUAGAGAAAUGAAUGCUAACCGCGCCAAUCCUUUCAACUCUCCGCCGUCUUCCACUGGCUCCCAUGGCACCGUAACCAUGUCGUCACUCUUUUCCGACCCCGACGGAGAGUCUACGCGCCGACUCAAUGAGGACAUUGCUCGUGUUACUGCCCCGAGAAAACUGCCCGUCAAUUGGGAGGCCGCACACCGCAAAUGGCCCCAACACUUCUCCAAGCCCGACCCGAACAAGGCACCCGUAUUUGACGAUGCCACUGAUAUACGACCUUGGAAACCACAGUCCAAGGAGAAUAGGGCGCCAGUCUCCAACGUCAAGCCCGCCGUCGACGACUCUACUCAGGAUAUCUGGACUGCGGCAACCAAAACACGUGCCGAGAUACAGCCCCGCGUCGACAACGAAUCCGAGCUCUCUUUCAUCCUGGACAAGUCACCAGCCAGACCUGCUUCCUAUUACGGUGCCGCAAGCUCGCAGAAACAUCCAAGCCCACUGUCCAAGCCGCAUGCCCGGGCGCCUUCAGAGCCUAUUGCAGAUCAACAGCGACCUUCGUCAAUUACAGAUGCCUUGAGCCGUCUCCAACGAGCCUCUCUCAGCCCUCGAAACACCAACCAAGACUCCCCUCACAUGUCCUCAGGAAAAUCUAGCUUGACCGCCGUGGCCCCCUCGCCAGCUUCCAUGGCAAGCCCCGGCCAUGACGCGUCUAACGUACGUUCAUUCUUCAUGCCAGAUGUCUCCCGCCUUGGAGACUUCGUAACUGGCACCCUCAAGUUUAGCGGCUCCAUGAAAAAUGGCGUCCCAAUUUUCGUGAAGCAUGGCAAGGUGCACGAUCGCCAGGAACGGCCCAAUACCGCUGCCCACGCACAAGUUGAUGGCAUUGAAGUUCCCGAGGAUGAAGAGAAAAUAUUUGUCUCUAUGGAUAUGAUCCGCGAUGAAAUUGUUUCCCUGCAGGCCGCCCAUGAUAAGGUUCAGGAAUAUGCAGAGGGUCUGCAGCUUCAGGUUCAAAGAUUGGAGGCUCAAUUCAGGCACGGCAGAUUCAGCGGCGGCAGCCAUGACGAAAGCGAGAAACUUUUGGCACAAAAGAAAAAAUUGGAGCUAGAGGUUGCAACUUUGCAAGCCCGGCUGGAUGACGCUUCAAGAAAGAUGAGCACGAAUGAAAUUGCAAAUGAUGCCGUCGCCCAUGAGCGUGAUAGGGCUAUUGUCCGACUGCAGGACGCGUGUGAAGACAUUAGCAAGCUCACUCGCAAGCUCAGCGUUCGAGAAAAAGAGCUAUCUACCUCACGGGAACAACUCGAGACCUCGGAUCAUAUUCGGCGGGACAAUGACACUCUUCGACGUGAUCUCGCGUCAUUGAAGCACAGUCGCGAUGCGCUGGAGCUCGAUAAUGCGUCUCUCCGCUCCGAUAACGAAAAGUUGCGCAAGGAGCAGAAGCGUCUGCGAGAACAGAUCGAUUCACUUCGCGCCCAUCAGAACAGUCGUAAUGAUGAAUGUCUGCUGGCUGAGAAUAGAUCUCUUCGCGCCAGCAACGAUAGACUGACGGAAGAAAAUGAGGACCUUCGUGAGAAUCUUGAUGGAGCCCAGCAUGAGCUGGAUGCGGCUCGUGAAGAGAUCGACACUCUCCGUGCGGCGAUAAAGACAAUCACUCAAGAAAAAUCAGUUCUCCAGGCAGACAACGACAGUCUUGUCCGACACAAUGAGAAAUAUUUCAACGAAAAUAAGAUUCUUCGACGAGAGAACUCGGGCUUUGAGCGCAGUGUUCAUGACCUGCACGAGGAAAAUCUCAAGAGAAAGGAGGAAGUUGACUUCCUGAAGCAGCAACUCGACCACUGCAGACCAUCACACAAAAACGAAGUCUAUGGUCGCUCAGACGGAGAAACGGAGGAAAACAUGACCUCGGCGUACUUCCUUCCUGAUAUCACUGUCAAGACGAAUGAGUCUCGUCCUGCUGAGGCCACGGAGACCAAAGACAUGCCCACCCUACCAGAAGUGACCGCUCAAGUCUACACACAUGAACAAGAAACACGGGAGAUGUCCCGUCGCACAAGCAACAACCGACAGCGAUCCAGAAGUAGGCCUCGCGCAUCAUCUAAAGGGGUGGCAUUCUCGAUACCAGAGAAAGCGGCCGUCCGAAACAAAAACGUUGGCAAUACGGCAAACCAGGGCAGUAAACGGCGACACGCCAAGGCACCUUUGACUACUGAGUUGGAUCUUACCCAUGACGAGGAUGAAAUGACAGGCGACUUCCAAUCUGAGGACUUUACAAACCAGGACGCGGCCAUCUCACUCAGCGUCUCCAUGAAGGACGUUAAUAUUCAGUCACACCGCGAGGUCACUACUCAAAGCAACACCUCACGACGCGCCAGCAACCCACGACCAGCACAGAAACACACAAUGGAACUGGAUACCACCGACGGACCCAACAAGACUACGAACCACGACACAUGCCCAGCUCUGUCUACCGAUGCACGCCGUGUUCUGGACGGCCUUUGUGAGCAUAGCUGCCGCAACUGUAUAGUUUGCAGUCGCAUCACGUCUCACCGUGGCGUUAUAUCUUCGUCGGAAGCAGCGUCUGGCAAAAAACGCGUCACCGUCUCGCGUCCAGUUCCAGUGACAGAUCGCAGUCUCGCCGGCGACGACCCCACAAUACGUCCCUCGCAGUCACCGGGCCACGCUCUCGCUCUUGUCAUCAAGGGCCUAGAAGAUGAGGCUGAACACCUUCAGCUGGAGCUCUCUCGCCUGCAGGCAGAGUACAAUCGAAGUGAUAAGGCUAUUGGCCGUCGCGAUCGAAUGAGCCUUGCUGAAUCUAUUCGAACAAUUUUGAAACGCAUGGAAGUGAAGAAUGAUCAAAUCUACAGCUUGUAUGAUGUCCUCGAAGGACAAAAGUUGGCUGGACAGGCCAUGACAGAGGAAGAAGUUGAGAUGACUGUUCUCAACAUCACUGGCAUGACGGUGCGAGAUGUCACUGGCGGAAGUGAACAGUUCACCUGGGAAGGCAUUCAAGAGACUAAUUAA